UGCACUUCAGUUAUCAAGAUGCCACCAAAGUUCAAAAGAAACUUAUCUCAAGAGGAUCUAAUGUCAGCUCCUAAUGUAGAAAAGGAAAGACUUUUAAAUCCUGAUGAUGAAAAUGAAGAUGAUGAUUUUUUUCUUAGAGGACCAACAUCUAAAUCUAGAAAACUUCUAACAGAGGAUAGCAAAGUUAGACAGGUUCAGUUCCAAGUAGAUGAAGUAACUGGUAUUAUGAAAGAAAAUAUUGGGAAAAUAAUGGAGAGAGGAGAUAGAUUGGAGGAGUUAGAAGAUAAGUCAGAAAUGCUGUCAACCCAUGCAGAUCAAUUUACUUCAUCAGCUAAGAAGAUGAGGAACAGGAUGUGGUGGAGGAACAUAAAGAUGAAAAUCCUGCUGGCAGUGGUUAUAAUAGUCAUUCUUCUGAUUAUAUUUGUUCCAAUCAUUGUAAAAAACACUUGAAACCUGUAACUUGGGAACUGCAACAAAUGUUCAGGAAAUAGCAGCAGAGGUGGUAAAGAUUUUCAAGUUUUUAACUUAUCAAGCAAGAUGAAUAUUUGAACACAUCACAGUCAAUGUAUAUUUUGUUAGCCAGUUGCAAAUAUGAUUGAAAUCACAUGCUCUGUAGUGAGUGUAAAUCCCAAAGUUCAUAGUGUGAGAGCACAUUGUUAAAGGGAGACUUGUUCUGCUACUGUUGCAAUGUGUUUGUUCUUAAAAAUAACAUAUUGUUAAUAUUAAAAUAUAUUAAUAACAUUUUGUAGAAGAGUUAGUUUUAUCCAGGCCUACACAAGAGCCAAAAUUAAAGUAUCUUUACAUUAGAACAGACUUUAGAUUUCUUAGGUUUUAAGUAGUUUUUACACCAAUGAGGAAUUGGCAGUAGACAGCCGUAUAAUUGGCUUUUAGCCUGUACAAAAUUAGUUAAUGUAAUACAAAAAUCCUCUCUUUUUUUUUAUUACUGUUUUUAUUAUUGGUUAUAAUCAUUCAUAUAUUAAGUUGAAUGUUUGUUAGUAAGUCCUUCUAAAAAUUCCAUUUGUUUUUUUUUAUUCGUAGUCUAAAAGUAAAAAACUCCAAAUUUCGAUAAAACCCUGUAAGAACAUUUAUUAGAGGCUCCCAUUUCUACACAUUGUCCUGAUGCACCUGUAAUUUAAGUAAUAUAAGAAAACUAAAAUAUGGAACUUUACAAACUCUUGAAAAUCUCAGUAGUGUUUUGUUGUUUUUCCAUUUUAAUAAACUCCAAGAAAACAAGUUAUUUUUAAUACAAGUUUGAAAGUUUAUUGUUCACUAAAGCUCUGGCAUUAAAAUUUACAGAUUGGUUCAUUUCUAUCAGUCUGCAAACAUCAUAUUUCUUUGUUUUUAGACUAACAGUGGUUUUUAAAUUCUUUAUUAUUUUAAUACAUGCAAUAUAAGGAUGUAUUUAUUUCAAAUGGUUAUAUAAUGUUUGUUGUUUGUGUAAGUAUUGAUAUGUUUCUAAUGGUUUAGAAUAUUUGAAAAGUGUUCAUAUAUUUAUUAUACUAGAAACUCUUAAAAACAGACAAAGGUGUAAGUUUACCCAAAUAAUUAGUCCACUAAAAAUUUUAAAGUUUUUAAUUUUCAGCUAAUACAAUCUUUAAACAAAUUUAUA